AGGAGUGGAAUUGCAAUUCCAAUAUAGGUGUCCGCUUGUCCCCUUUAAACGCAAAUAAACCCUCCUCUGCUUUUCUCUCUCACCACUCAAAACCACAGCUUUGUGUCUCCAACUCCCUAAACUUUCUCACUUCAUCCAAAUUCCAAGCCAUGGAAGCACAUGAGUUUUUUCACAACUCCUUCUCCGACAACCCCUCCGCCGCCGACCACUUCAUCGUCGAAGACUUCUUCGACUUCUCCAACGACGAAGACGCCGCCACCACCCUCACCGACUCCCUCCCCGCCCACGCCGUAACCCCCGCCGACACCACCACCAACUGCAAUUUCCCAGCCGCCCAAGACCAUUUCUCCGGUGACCUCUCCGUGCCGCAGUACGAUGAUCUUGCGGAAUUGGAGUGGCUGUCGAAAUUCGCGGAGGAAUCGUUCUCGAGCGAGGAUUUGCAGAAGCUGCAGCUGAUAUCGGGUGUGAGAGUGGAAAGCGACGGGGCCUCCUCGGAAAGGCGUGAGGCCAGCCCAGUGUUGGGCCCGGCGCAAGGGUCGGUUCCGGGGAAGGCCCGGAGCAAGCGGUCUCGAGGGGAUUGGGCCUCUCGCCUGGUUGCGCCGCGGAGGAGGGAGGGCGCCGAGGGAGGGGCGGAGGGGCGGAAGUGCCUGCAUUGCGCCACGGACAAGACCCCGCAGUGGCGGACGGGGCCCAUGGGCCCCAAGACGCUCUGCAACGCCUGCGGCGUCAGGUACAAAUCGGGGCGGCUUGUCCCCGAGUACAGGCCCGCGGCCAGCCCAACGUUCGUGCUGACGAAGCACUCGAACUCCCAUUUUACACGCAUACUUCUCCAUUUACUUUUUACACAACUAAUAAAAAUUCAGCAGCAGCAGUUGCUCCAUCUGCAGCAUCAGCAGAACGUCAUGUUUGAUGUCUCUUCAUCUUCCAACGCUGACGAUUACUUGAUCCAUCACCCCCUUGGGCCCCAUUUCACCAACCUCAUCUAGUUCCGCUCUUUUCUACUAAUUAAUCACACUUUUCUUUUUUUUUUUCCUUUCAUUUCUUUUCAUGUAACUUCUAAAUUCUCUCUUUAUGUUAUAUGUAAUGUUUCUUCAAGUCAUUUUGACAGACUUGAAAACUCACAAACUCUAAAUUUUCCUAAUCCUGUCUUUUUUUUCA